GCUUCGUCCAUUGGACGUACAUUUUUUGUCCAUUUUAGGAAAAGCAAUACGCACUUCAAUUCUUACAACGUCUGCCGAACCUCGCUACCAAUCGCGUUUUACCAUUUUAACGAAUGCACCGACAACACGCGAUUCGGUACGAUAAAAUUUAUGGAUUUUGUGAAGGUGAAGGUGAAUAACCGCACCGCGCUACCAGCACUCAGCUCAGCGACGAGAUUAUCUCUUUUCACCGAAAUUCACACCAUUUUAAUCAACACUUUACGUUUACGUUUUACCUGCCUUCCUUGGCCUUGGCAUCCCUCAUUGGGUCCGAAUUGUUUUUGUCUGUUUAUUAUGGAUAUGGAUUCAUUAAACUCAACUUGGUCGGUGGUCAAAUUCCCUAAAGAAAAUUCGGUGUGCGUUGUACCUACAUCGUGGAUACAUAAGGACAAAUGUUAUUGGCCCCCUUAUAACGAUAAGUUGACCAGGACUGCAAUUGAAAAGCAUGAAUCAUUUAACGCCCAAACAUGGCUCGAGUUUCCGUGUGAACCUUUUAGGAAUGCCACAUAUGAUACAUUCAAAGAAGCAAAUCGAAAGUCACAGAUUGCUAUGACAACUUCAGAUUUAGAGUCAAGUGCUGAAGCUGGUGCUACCACUGUUUCAUCGCGAAAACGGAAGAUAUUCAGAAAAACCUUUAGUUUUUCGUCUAUUGACGAGGAAAAUGAAGAGUCAGUAUUACCGGAACCACCAAAACUGACAAUAAGAGAAACGUUUGAAAGACGCGCAGAUGAACCUCAACACAGUAGUUGCAGUGCGGCAUCAAUAGAUGUGGAGUGUGAGGAACUAAUUUUACCUGAAUUACAUACAGCGAACAAAAGAAAAGAAAACUCUCAGACAAGAGAUGAUACAAUGGUAGAAACUACAAUGCAAGGUCAAACGAGAGGUCAAAGUAUUAAAGCAAUAUCAAGGAAAGGUGACGGCCAUGGUCAGGAUGGAACUCAAACAAUUAAAUAUCUCCAGCAAAUCAUUAAAAAACAAAAUAUAUUGCAAUCCAUCCUUAUGGAUAUUAGUAAUAGAAUAACAAAUUUGGAAUCACAGAAUAGUACCCAAACUCAAGAGAACGUUGAUGAUAAUGCAGAAUCCUUUUUUGUUAUUAUGACAAAUCUACCAAUAGAUUCGCAGGAGCACUUAAAUGAUUUGGAAAUGUACUUAAGUACACCAGAACAUAUGGAGAGCGCCGUUAAAGAAGUGUCUCAUAUUGGUGGGAAGGACACGUAUGAUUUCGUUUUUCGUGCAACACAGAAACUCAUUACAAACAAUUUCUGUGGUAGUACAUUUAGCUUUUUGGGAAGGCGCAAAAAGGAACCUUUUACUAAACUCAAAUUGAAUGAACUUCUAAUAAAAUCAUCAAUGCACUUGUUCCCUUCUGCAACAUUGAAGGAUGUAGAAGGCAGUAUUACGAAAUGGUUAAGACGGUGCUUGGAAAGAUCCAAGAAAUAAAUACCUUUUAGUUUCAUAUACUUAUGUAGCGCUGUAAAUUUCUGAAUAAAUUUAUUGCUUUAAAA